CACGUGGGGGGGGGAGGAGCAGCAGAGGGAGCGAGAUGGCGGCUGCGGCGAGCUGCUCGGGCGUUCCGCUCCCGGCCGCGGCGACAGCGGCGACCGCGGACGGCAGAGAACUCUCCGAGCGCCUCGCACGCCUCUACCCGGCCGUGGACGAGGCCGAGAACCCCCUGCCGCGAUCAUGGAGCCCCAAGGACAAGUUCAGCUACAUCGGCCUCUCGCAGAAUAACCUUCGCGUUCACUACAAAGGACAUGGAAAAACUCCCAAGGAUGCGGCGUCCGUUCGCGCCACACACCCGAUCCCGGCCGCGUGUGGGAUUUACUACUUCGAGGUGAAGAUCAUCAGCAAGGGACGAGACGGGUACAUGGGGAUCGGGCUCUCUGCCCAGGGAGUCAACAUGAACCGCCUGCCUGGUUGGGAUAAGUACUCGUACGGUUACCACGGCGAUGACGGGCACAGCUUCUGCUCGUCAGGCUCGGGGCAGCCGUACGGCCCCACGUUCACGACGGGCGACGUCAUCGGCUGCUGCGUCAACCUCGUCAACAACACGGCCUUCUACACGAAGAACGGGCACAGCCUGGGAAUUGCCUUCACAGACCUCCCGCCCAACCUGUACCCGACGGUGGGGCUGCAGACGCCGGGCGAGGUGGUGGAGGCGAACUUCGGCUCACGGCCUUUUGUCUUCGACAUCGAGGACUACAUGCGGGAGUGGCGGUCGCGCAUCACGGCCGCCGUGGAACGCUUCCCCCUCGCGCAGCCGCACGGGACCUGGCAGAUGACGCUGCAGACCAUGAUGGCCUCCUACCUGGUGCACCACGGCUACUGCACGACAGCGGAGGCGUUCGCCCGCGCGACCGGGCAGGCCUUCCAAGAGGAGCUCUCCUCCAUCAAGAAUCGGCAACGCAUUCAGAAGCUGGUGCUCUGUGGGAGGAUGGGAGAGGCCAUCGACACGACCCAGCAGUGCUACCCGGGCCUGCUUGACCGCAAUCCGGAGCUGCUGUUUCGCCUCAAGGUGCGGCAGUUUGUGGAGAUGGUGAACGGCACGGACAGCGAGGUGCGCUCGCUGGGCGGCGUGCGCAGCCCGAAGUCGCAGGAGCCCUACCCGGCGAGCCCUCUGCGCUCCUGCCACACGCCGGGCUCGAGCCCCGCGCACGCGCAGGUCGCGACCGUCGCUGCCGCCGCCACGGCAACCGCCGCGGCCGCCAGUGCCACGCCGGUGCUGCACCCAGCCACCUCCUCGUCCUCGUCCUCCUCUUCGUCGUCUUCGUCGUCCUCCAACGGGGCCUGCACACAUCCUCUGAGUGAGGGGGCGGGCAGCAGUAAUGGUGUGUCGGAGGGAAAGCCGCCCGGCUCUGCCCGGCACGGCAAGCACACAGCCAACCACAACGGCAGCUCCAACACAGACGACAGCAGCAAUGGAGAGGACGACGAUGACGAGGAGGACGAAGAAGAGGACGAGGAGGACGACGAGGAGGAGGAGAUGGACUACUACAGCAACGGCGUGACGGAGCCCACCGAGACCAAUGGCGUUCUUAACGGCAGCUGUAAGCACGAUGGCACGGUGACGGCGCGCCUCGAUGAGGAGGAGGAGGACGACGCCGACUAUGGGUACGACGUAGACGUGGCUGGUGUGCGGAGGCAGCUGUGCGGGGGGUUCCAGGCGGCCGUGGAGCGAAUGAUCCAGUUUGGCCGGGAGCUGCAGCUCAUGUGCGACACGCUGACCCGCGAGGACGGCAAGCACACCGUCGACAACUCGCGCACGCUGCAGGACGCGUUCAGCUUGCUGGCGUACGCCGACCCCUGGAACAGCCCCGUGGGCUAUCAGCUCGAAGCCACGCAGAGGGAACAGAUCUGCAGUGCACUCAACAGCACUAUCCUAGAGGCUCAGGGCCUUCCCAAGCAGCCGGCGCUGCUGCUGGCCGUGGGGCAGGUGACCGAGUGCCUGCGCCUCAUGUCCCGCUCCAGCCUCGGGGCGUGCGCAUUCGCGCGGCUCGAAGACUACCUUUAGUGUCGCACACAACGCACGGGGGGCGCGUGCGUCGUGUGCGUGGUGCGUGCGUGCGAGUGUUUUGGAGCGAAGAAGAGCCAAUGCAUGCGCUCCGGAAAAAAAAUACGACCCAGCCAACCCGACUCAUUAUUAUUUUUGUUUAUUUUGUUGCACACGCGCAUGAUGCACCCACGCGCUACGGGCAGCCUGCCCCCACCGCCCGGUGGAGCUUCGGGGUCGCGCACAGAGACAAACGCCACGAGCGCUCCGCUGCGCUCGUGCCGCUCGCCGAGACGCGAGCGAUGGGACGAGUUGCGCCUCCCGCCGUGCCCCGCCGCCCGCCUCAAGCUGCCCGGCACCACGGAGCAAGGCUCGCCGGCGUUACAGCGGCGAUGUUAACCACCCACGGACUAUAAGCGUGUGUUUUAAAAGAAGUUUUUAUUUCAUUGUUGUGUUUAUUUUCUCCCCCCCCCCCCUUCCGAUAUUGUAAACGUUUUGCUUUUGAGUGGAAUAGAAAGAGAACGUGAGAGAGAUGCAUACAUAAAUAGAAAACUAAAUAUUUGCAGGGCAUUUCUUCAACUCGUCGUUGCCUGGUUCGUGACAACUGGGUAUGGGGAUGGCUCUACAAGGGGCGGCUUUAACGAGGGUGUUCAUUAAACAAGUGUGUAUGUGUGUGUUAAAGGAGACGAGAUGCUGGUGUUGAGGUAGUGGAAGUGUGGAAAUGUGGUGUGCUGCUCAGUGGCUUUGCAGUCAAACUGCUCGCCACGCUCGGCCCGUGUGCAUUCAAUGCGUGCCGCCGACUAUCGCUGCCCGCUAACGACCCCUCGUAUUGGAAACGCCGAGAGCGCAGCGCGACAACCGAAGGUGAACGGCGGAGAACCUGCAGUGCCGGGCUUGGCGAUCGGGGAAAGAAGACAACUGUUAGGCGACGGAGCUAAAAUAGCGGCCAAUCAUAACGUAUAACCCUGCCCGCAAUACGAACCACACCAGCCAACCAGACCCGCGCGCCCUACCCCCGUGCUCUUAACCAACGGAUUAACUCCCCCCCCCCCCCCCCCAGGCACACGCUCCACUUGGAGCACAUCCAUCAUUGUGACCCAAUCCACUGAUGCUUCGUGUAGCUCCCAUUUUACUGUUCGUGGUCUUUCCACUCGUGGUGUUUACAGCGCCACCUGCUGUCACGUGGAGUUUUUCAAUAAGCUCGGCAUUCGUGUACCAAGAUCGGAGCCAAAUCCCACGUUGACAUUUACACACCACUUUCUUGCCACACCAGACUGUCCCUCCCCGCCACGUAUCUGUACCAGUUGUCCAAGUCUCCGUUUCAAGAGAUCGAUGAAAGUCGUUUGACUUUCAUUGUACGUGGCCAAUUAGUACAUUAAAAUCGAUUUGGUCUGUGUUUGGGGUAGCCCGAAUUCAGGCCGUGCUUCCAUUUCUUCGAGUGCCUCACCUGCAUUUGGCGAGACUUGAGUAGAACUUUCCAUCUGACUGAGGGUUGGGGGGGAAUGAGAGCUCCGUGUGUCUCGCCGGGCCUCCUGAAGCCGCCCCCUGUGCCAGCACGUAGAGGGCAGGGGCAGAUGCAUUCAUGAAGAUCUUUUUUAUGACGGGGAAAAUAAAAAGCGCGGACAAGUCGUAUUUUAGCAAAAAACGACUGUAGACUUGCUUCGGUGCACAGAGUAUUACUAUUGUUGUUAGAGAGGUCGGCGGGUGAAAGAAGACGGGGGUGUUUGAUUUUAAGCGAAUUUGCGGUUGUGUUUUUAAAACGAGUGUAUUGCCGAGAAAGCCCACGACUGGGACCCGCAGCGAGCGAGCCGCGUGUGAGCUCGGCCGUGCAACGCACCUCCCAGCAGUGCUGCGUCGGAAACAACAAGGUCCCCCCUCCACGGUGCGGACCGCGCAGACGUGUGGGACGCUUUGUGUUCGUUCACAAGGUUGUCAUUUAUUUUUGUCCAUGACCCUAUCUCCCCCCCACCCCACUCCCCGAAAAGCUGUGGAAACAUUCAUUCUGAAGCAUACAACUUUAGCUGCAGGAGACCGGGUUUCGCUUAAUGGCACACGGGCGACGCGCCAGGAGAGACUGAAAGGAGGAGGCUGCGGCGACGCGUGGUGAUUUGACGCGACGUGCUGGCGGGCCGUGGGGUGAGGUUCGUGUAAAAGCAGCGGCGGCAGCAGCUCAUCCCAUUUGUUAGCGGUGCGUCUUCCUUUCCCAUUUGGCUUCUCAAUAUGAAAUAUAACGCCGAGCAAAUGAGCGGCACUCCGGUCAGAGCGUUCGCCAUUAGUAGGUUGCGAUUCGGGACGUCAACAGUUGGGUCAUCCAAUUUGAAUACACAGGCCCCUGUCAUAGGAAUGUGAAAUGUAACGCAAAAUGUACUUCUUUGCCACCAAUGGAGGGUCAGUGCCCACCCCCCAUUGCUGUUGAUGCUCAGAAAACAAAAACCCCGUCUGGAGCUGUGCGCGCUUCCUGACGGUGGGUCUCCUGGAGCAGAGGUUCACAGCCACCGAUCGCGGUCCCAAAGCUUGACUACAACCCAAGUCCAACCCCUUAAAUAAUCUACACCUCGAGUUUACUUUUCAUGAGUUUUACAAAAGUGUUUACCAUAGCAAUGAAACGGCAAAUGUUGUAAACCUCACUCUUUCCUGUGUUUUCCUUUCUAUGUUGUACCCAAAAUAUCUUUCGUUGGUCCUUUAUCAGUCGUGCUGUGGCGUGGAGAAAUUUGCAUUUGUAACCUUCGGCGGUGACAGCCAGCGGUGCAUCGCUUGGUGUUAAAGAACCGCCUCUCGGAAGAAGACGCCGUAGGACUACUUUUAGGGGCUCUUCACUAUGCCUCUUGCACACACUACCACGUGCCCUGCACAGAGAGGGAAUCCGCCAAACGAAAUGACAAUUCAACCGUCGGCGGGUGGCCGACGCGAGACCGCUUGCCGUACCCGAGCGAUCGGUUUAACCGUGGGGCGGCUGCCUUUGCGUGGUCCCAGGCUCUCGGCUAUGCCUCCCUCCUCGGUGCUCUUGACGCGGUGCUGGCUCCCCGAACCGCCUGGGCCACCUCUACAUUUGCCUGUUCCAUUUAAAUCUCGGAUAACGUUUUGAGAGCACGGGGGGCAAAAAUCCGACGAUUGGCACGGUUGGCUACGUACGGUGCGAAAGAAGUUCAACGUACAUAUGCAUAAAAAAACAACUCAACUGAGGCUGCUCAAGGAUGUUGACUGGCUCACCCGUGGCGUUGCUCACCGAGUCCAUGAGGCUGUGUACACGAAUCAACUUCUCUUGAAACGGGCAGGGGGCUUGCAAUUCCACUGGGCUCCUUGGAGCUUCGCCGUGCUCCCAUUGGAUAGGCGCGGACACGGCUCGUAUCUUGUGCGAGUGACGAUUGCACAUUUGACUUUAAAACUUCCACAUUUGAAACAUUUCGAAUUUACUCAUCAUGAAGUUAUAUCAGUUUGAACCAUCUCUGGUGCGUUUUGAAUAUAUUUUUUUGCGUGUAAUGCACCAAAUUUUUUGUGCGCAUUAUCAAAGCGUGUUGUUAUAAAACUCUUUGCACAGCACUAUCUCCUUCAUCUGUGGGUUUUGAAAAUGCGCAUGAUCCCGAUGUUCCUCGCCGGGGCUCCAAGUGGACAUUGCGGCCCUCCGUGGCCAUGCUGCCUAAGGUCCCCGCGCCAUGCCGCCAGGUGAUGCUCGCGGUGGUGACCACACUUUGUAAGCUAAACAAUAAGGGGUAAAGUUACGAACAUCAAUUAGUCAUUUUUAUUUUCAAUCAUUUAAUGUUUUUAUAUAUCUAAAAAUAAAAAUUCUUCAGCGUUUAAAAAGUA